ACGGAAAGGAGAGGAAGGGCGGGGCAAGCCCUCACCUGCGCCAAUCAGGGUGCGGGGUAGGCCCCGCAGGCGCCUCACCCAUUGAGGGGGCGGGCUGACAGAGCAGAGGAAGGAAGGGGGUGAGGGGCCCGUGGUGGGGAUCGUGUGGCUGUCGGGCUGAGUGUGCCCUACGGGUGGCGAGGAAGCCUCGGGGAAAUCACCCGGGUGAAGGGAGGGCUUGGUGUGGGGACUUGCAGAGGGCGGAGGAGCAGCUAAGCCCCAGGCACAUCGGGCAACCAGACCCACAAGUCGGGGAGGGAUAGGCUGAGCCGGGGCUCCCAGCAGAGACGCCUGGGUGGGGCAGCAGACCGCUCCAGGUGUGAGCCACAGAGGAGGGGAGAGGGACCCCCAGGGGAGGGGAAGUGGCAGAGCAGCUGCAGAAGGGCAGGGAGCGGGAAGGUACCCGGGCAGCUGCUUUCCGCUGCCUCCGGCCCGGGCAGCUGCAGAAACAGCAGGGGGAGGAGCAACAGCUGCCAAAUUCGCCAACUAGAGGAGGGAGAGGCGGAGCUUGGGUCCCCGUAGAAGCCAGAGGCGCAGUCUGGACUGUAGUUUCCCGGGAGAGACGAAAGCAGGAACGAGAGCGGAGCGGAGCACAGUCCUCCGAGCACCAGCUCCAGCAUCCCGUCAGGGGUUGCAGGUGUGUGGGAGACUUGAAACUGUUACAAUAUGGCUCUCCUUGGACUCUUCUCUUUGCUGGUUCUGCAAAGUAUGACUGUAGGGGCCACUUUCCCUGAGGAAGCCAUUGCUGACUUGUCAGUGAAUAUGUAUAAUCGUCUUAGAGCCACUGGUGAAGAUGAAAAUAUUAUCUUCUCUCCAUUGAGUAUUGCUCUUGCAAUGGGAAUGAUGGAACUUGGGGCCCAAGGGUCUACCCAGAAAGAAAUCCGCCACUCAAUGGGAUAUGACAGCCUGAAAAAUGGUGAAGAAUUUUCUUUCUUGAAGGAGUUUUCUAACAUGGUAACUGCUAAAGACAGCCAGUAUGUGAUGAAAAUUGCCAAUUCCUUGUUUGUGCAAAAUGGAUUUCAUAUCAAUGAGGAGUUUUUGCAAAUGAUGAAAAAAUAUUUUAAUGCAGAAGUAAAUCAUGUGGACUUCAGUCAAAAUGUAGCCGUGGCCAACUACAUCAAUAAGUGGGUGGAGAAUAACACAAACAAUCUGGUGAAAGAUUUGGUAUCCCCAAGGGAUUUUGAUGCUGCCACUUAUCUGGCCCUCAUUAAUGCUGUCUAUUUCAAGGGGAACUGGAAGUCACAGUUUAGGCCUGAAAAUACUAGAACAUUUUCUUUCACUAAAGAUGAUGAAAGUGAAGUCCAAAUUCCGAUGAUGUAUCAACAAGGAGAAUUUUAUUAUGGGGAGUUUAGUGAUGGCUCCAAUGAAGCUGGUGGUAUCUACCAAGUCCUAGAAAUACCAUAUGAAGGAGAUGAAAUAAGCAUGAUGCUGGUACUGUCCAGACAGGAAGUUCCUCUUGCUACUCUGGAGCCAUUAGUCAAAGCACAGCUGGUUGAAGAAUGGGCAAACUCUGUGAAGAAGCAGAAAGUAGAAGUAUACUUGCCCAGGUUCACAGUGGAACAGGAAAUUGAUUUAAAAGAUGUUUUGAAGGCUCUUGGAAUAACUGAAAUUUUCAUCAAAGAUGCAAAUUUGACAGCCCUCUCUGAUAACAAGGAGAUUUUUCUUUCCAAAGCAAUUCACAAGUCCUUCUUAGAGGUUAAUGAAGAAGGCUCAGAAGCUGCUGCUGUCUCAGGAAUGAUUGCAAUUAGUAGGAUGGCUGUGCUGUAUCCUCAAGUUAUUGUCGACCAUCCGUUUUUCUUUCUUAUCAGAAACAGGAGAACUGGUACAAUUCUAUUCAUGGGACGAGUCAUGCAUCCUGAAACAAUGAACACAAGUGGACAUGAUUUUGAAGAACUUUAAGCUACUUUAUUUGAAUAACAAGGAAAACAGUAACUAAGCACAUUAUGUUUGCAACUGGUAUAUAUUUAGGAUUUGUGUUUUACAGUAUAUAUUAAGAUAAUAUUUAAAAUAGCUCCAGAUGAAAACAAUAUAUGUAAAUUAUAAGUAACUUGUCAAGGAAUGUUAUCAGUAUUAAGGUGAUGGUCCUGUUGUGUCAUUGUGUUUGUGUGCUGUUGUUUAAAAUAAAAGUACCUAUUGAACAUGUGA